CGACCAGAGAGGCGUAAUCCAGAAGCUGCCCGUGCUACUGCAACAACAGAUCAUAAAAGAUGGCAGACGCACCUGCACCCGCUGACAAGAAGGCACCUCCCAAGUUCAAACAGAGGACAGCCCGUACCUUCAAGAGCAAGGCCCCUAAACCAGGCCAGAAGGGAUUCGGAGACGACAUCCCCGGCAUGGAGGGUCUCGGUACAGACUUCACAGUGGUCUGCCCAUGGGAAGCCUUUGGGGACAUGGAGCUCAGCGACCUGGCGAAAUAUGGAAUUGUUUAGAAACCCUCCCGUGCCCUUACCCCAAUUAUAAACCUCCCUGCAAUAAUUUUCCUCCACUCAGUCCUCUUAUCUUUCACCCUCCCCAAAUCCCUGACUUGAAGUUUAUCGUGGUUGUUACACCCAUACGUAGUUUGGGAAAAAUUACACAAAAACUGAUCAGCUUCUAUCCUCAAGGUUGAUCCAAUUAUGUGUCAAAGCUAUCAUAUAUUACAUUAAUUAGCUCUAUAUACAUUUAUUUAUUUAUAUAUGCUUCACUGAGGUGUCCGUGUGUCAACCUGCUCCUCCACACUCCCUCCUUUGUACUUAGUGCUGGUUUGUUUGUUCUGAGAGACCAUUCAGAUAUGUUGAAAGCAAGUUUCCUCACAGCUGCAUCAUCACGAAACCUUCUCUCUUCUGCCUUUUCUGCUCCGCCCCUCCUCCACCUCUUUGGAGCUAUUUUUUCUUAAUGUACAGAUGAUGAUGAAUAUAUAAAUAUAUAUAUUUUUAUUUUUAUGAAAUAUGAAUGUAAAGUUGUGCAUGCUAUUAAUGUAGGAAUGGAAGUUAUGUCAAUAAAUACU